UCUACUAUCCUCUGGUAGGAUUCAUUUUUCUCUUCUUCUUCUAUUUCUCUAAUUUCCUCUGGUAGGAAUACAGUACGCUUUUUUACACUCAACACUCUUUUGUCCCCUUUUCGAAAUGCGUCUUAUCAACACUGUUUCAAUCGCCCUUACCUUGGCAGCAGCAAGUACUCUCGCAGCACCUUCUUCAACAAAAUGUUCUUAUGAAAGUGACAAAGUUCAUUUGAGCUGCAUUGACGCAGAACAUUAUGCUCGUGACGUUGAAGUGACUUACGAUAUGACAAAGCGUAGUCACGUUGAACAAUUUUUACGUCGAUCUGAUGCAAUUGAAGCCUUGACACGUGGUAUGGAUGAAGACAGUCAGUUACAAGAAAGAGCAGAUGUGACCGGUCAAGGCAAUAACAUCGGUAAUUAUUGCAACUUUGGAAAUGGUAACGUUGGACGUGCGAACAAUGCUCAAUUCAAAUGCGAUCAAGAAGGUACCCCUUUGUACGGCCCUCAUCCCACACCAAAAGUGAUCGGAGCUGCAAACUUGAACGAUCGCCGUAGCAAUGGUGACCUUGACGUAAGUGCUGCUCCUGGUGUAAAAACAUAUGAAACAAACACAGGUGCAAACACCAAUACCGGUCAAGGUAACAACGUUGGAAGAGUUGUGAACUUUGGAAUGGGUCGUCGUGAUUCAAUUCAAGGUAAUGUUAGCGGUGAUGGUAAUAAUGUACAAAAUCACUGUUUGUACGGCAACAACGGUAAAAGUAAACGUGAUGGCAACCCAUCCGCUCAAAUGUCUUGCACACAAACUCAAUCUCCAAUUUACGGUCCAAAUGGUGGCUCAGUGACUAUUAUUGGAGCUAGAAGCUUUUCUUUUGGCGAUGUUGAUGAUGUGGUGGAUUAUCAUGUUGCCCGUUCAUUCUUGCCACAUGCAAGCCCAUUCGCUGCUCGUGAAGAAGUUUGCUCUGGUGUGCCUGUUGGACCUGUUGGCGCUCAAGUUACUUAUGUCACCCGUGGCUUACCUACCGAGCCAACUCCAGGUUUCGCACAAAAACGCUCUCCAACUGGUUCUUACAAUGCAGCACGUUCUAUCAACACACCUUCUGCCACUAAGCCAGAAAAGCGUUGCAUCAACACUCCUAUUGCACCACAAGCACCAACUGUUUCAUACAUUUCUAAAGCUGAUUACAAGAAGGAGCACGGUCAGUGAAUGUUCUUUUUUCGUACUUUGUCUCUUUGUAUUGAUUUCUUAUGCGCGUAAUACACUGUCGUUCC